AUGACCGAUGGGAAGUCUUACAAUUACAACGGCACUGUGAUUCCACCUGAAUCCCUUAUGAAAAUCUUCACCCACACAAGUUUGACUGGCUAUGGCACCCAGGAUGAUGUAGAUUCCGGUCGUAUCACAGGGAUGAUUUUCGUCUCCGAACGAGAAAACCUUGAAUUGCUUCACAUAGCUCUCCGUCACAAUGAUGUCAACCCACCCAGGGUAAUAGUCCACAGCUUAGGCGACGUUUUAAUAAGAUCCCGGGAUGAACAUCCAUUUGAAGAUGGUGUUCGCCUGGAAGACAGUGGGUGUUUUGCCGGUGAUUAUCUCAUCUAUGUCAGCACCAAAGAACAAGCGACUGAACAUCGCCAGCCUUGGACUGCUGUUUACAGAACCAAUAUUACCACCGGAAUAACUGACCGUCUCACACCAAGAGAGCAUGCUGAUUUAAGCCCCUCGGUAUCCCCGUCUGGAAAGAAGAUAGCAGUGACGUCAUUUGAGGGAACGGGAGGUUGGGAUGGUGCAAUUGAAGACCAAAAGACUAACAUUUACAUCAUGAAUGUAGAAGAGCCUUACGAUCGUAGGUUGGUUGUGGAAAAUGGGGGUUGGCCGACUUGGGGAAGUGAUGAUAUCAUAUUCUUCCACCAUAACAUUGAUGCGUUCACACCGGCAGCCAUCGACGCCACCACAGUAGCUGUCGCUACUAUUCGGCAGAAAUCAAAGUUCGGUGAUACGCGUGUUGAAGCACAAUAUCGGCACAUUGAGAUUUUUUAUUCAGCAGGAGGGCAAGAACCCACACAAAUCACUCAAAAAGUCAGACCAAAGGGUGACUAUUUCAACGUCUUUGUGAUAGGUGAUGGGAUUCAUGGGAAGCGUGUUGGCUACCAUUGUUGCACCAGUGAGCCUCUCAAGGAGCAAGAAGAGAUUAAAAGACAGUUUCAAAUCAUCACUUCUCCUGAUCCAGAUGUAGGACUGUUUAGAGUGGGAGGAGGAUUUCCAACAUUUUCCAAAAGCGGAAACAGACUUGCAUUUGUUGACAAUCAUUUCAAGACUGUAUAUGUACUUGACAACCAAAAGCUAUAUGAAGCUACCGAGGUAUCAGAAAGACUAACUCCAAACAGCAUCUUCUCGCCAGUUUGGAACCAAAGUGAUAGACUGGACACACUUUAUGUAUGCAUAGGACCUUCUUUCAGCCCUGAUGCAAUUGUAGACAUAUAUGCGGUCCGAAAUGUAUCUGGUGGUAGAAGGCAACUUCAACCGCUCACAGAUGGAGGGUUCAAUAACGCCUACCCAUCCAGCAGUCCAGACGGAACAAGAUUAGUUUAUCAAUCAACAAGAGACGGAUACAAGAAUCUGUACAUAAUGAACGAAGCUAAGGGAGCAGUUAAAGGAAUUGAACCUGAAAUCCUUACAAAUGGGGAUUGGACUGACACACAAUGCCAAUGGUCUCCCAAAGGAAAUUGGACUGUAUUCUCGUCAAACCGCGACAAGCCUCCUGGUGCACCAAAAAGAAAUGAUGGUCUUGACCCAGGAUAUUUUGCAGUGUAUCUAGUGGAUCCGGAUAAUAAGGAUGUGGUUGUCAGAGUGAUUGCAAGUGGAAAUGAUUUUGGGGGGUAUGUUAGCUACCCAUUCUUGAGUCCAGAUGGACGUAGUAUUGUCGUGACUGCAGACAUUGCUGCAGUGUCAGUCGACCCCGUAUCAUUGCCUAUUUUUGUCCACUCAGCCAGGCCUCAUGGAGACAUCUUCACAGUCGACAUUGACUCGGAUGACAUAAAAAAGAACAACGAUCUGAAUAUUUACAAACGCCUCACACACAGCAGAUAUGGAAAUUCCACCUGUUCCUGGAUCGGUUCCUCACCUGGUUCCACAAGAGCCGCACGAAAGCUUCUUCGAAAGAAAGAUUUCGCAAAAGAAGUCCCUUGUGCAUAUCUUGGCACAGACGAAGAUUUGGAGUUUUGGACUGCAUUUUUCGUAUCAAUGAAAGACAACAUUUUGGGAAAUCAUGCUUCUGCGGCUCUCUUGAGCUCCAUCUUGCAAUGCUGUUUUAGUAAUAAUAUCAUUCCUCUGAACCUCAUGCGCAUCCCCUUCAGAAAUCAACUAGGUGCUGCAAUUCAAAUGAUUCUUGAUAAUGUUAGGCUGGAAGAAUUUGCUUAA